AAAACCUCGAAAUUUAACCCAUUUCCCAAAAUACCUUGGGCCCUUGGACCCGAUCCCCAUUUUCUCUCUCCUCACCUCUGUUUUCUCCGUUUAUACUCUUUUGGGUUUGAAGGCAUAUUCCGAUUCUCUACUCUUUUUGUUUGUGAACCCAAUUCAGAUUUAUAAACACCAUUAUUAUAAUAGCACUGCCUUAUUUUCAAACAAAGAGAAAUAAGUUUUAGUACUUUGCUAAUUUUUCCGCUGAUUUGUUCAUUUCUAUUUCUUCAACCGCCUUCAAUUCUCCGGAUUAAUUCAGCACAUAUUAGUUGGUCUGGAGAUGUUGAUGCCUCAAUAGUUCUGAUGAGAACUAGCAACUGGAUCGUGUACUGAUCUUUUCAUAAUUUUGUUGGAGAAUAUGGCAAUGAUAACAGUGUCUUAAAGGUUUCCUUUGAUGAUGAUAUUCCUUUUGUGAUUCUAUUUCUUUCACUUAAAUUAUGGCGUAGUUUUGAUUAAGCCUCAACAGGCUGUUCCUUUCAGCAAUCAUGGAGAUGGACUAGCAGCAUCAAUCUUCUUAGAGGGACAGUGCAUCUUUGUGUAUUUUCCCAACUUAUUUUCUAUAUAGGUUUGCAGUAGGGGGUUGUUUUUGUUUUACUUGGUGAAGUUCAUUGCCGGAUAAAACAUUUUGGAUUUUUAGCUCAAAGCAAUGUCGGUUGAAGGUGCUUUAUCACCCCAAGGACACAAGCACAGUCCUCAAAGUUAUGGACGCAAAUCUAUUUUAGGUGGGCCUCAGAAAGAUAUAUGGCUUGUUGUGAGCAAAGGCUGCUUGGCUGAUGUUGAAUUAGCUUUAGCCCAACUGAAGAAGAAUGGUGGUAAUAUCAACUCAAGGAAUGCAUAUGGCGCUACUCUUCUUCAUAUUGCUACUUGGAGAAAUCACAUUCCUGUUGUUAGAAGGCUACUUGCAGCUGGUGCUGACCCUGAUGCUAGGGAUGGAGAAUCGGGAUGGAGCAGUCUCCACAGGGCUCUGCAUUUUGGUCACCUUGCUGUGGCAAGUGUUCUCCUGCAGUCUGGGGCUUCCACUAUUAUAGAGGACUCCAAAUUACGAACCCCAAUCGAUCUCCUUUCUGGACCUUUGUCACAGAUCCUGGGCAAUCAGCGUACUUCAGUUACUACUGAGAUAUUUAGCUGGGGCAGUGGUACUAAUUACCAACUUGGAACUGGAAAUGCUCACAUACAAAAGUUACCAUGCAAAGUGGACGCGCUUCAUGGUUCAUUUAUUAAGUUAAUCUCUGCUUCAAAAUUCCAUAGUGUAGCAGUUACUGGUCGUGGAGAACUCUAUACGUGGGGAUUUGGAAGGGGUGGCCGCCUUGGGCAUCCAGAGUUUGACAUUCACAGUGGACAAGCUGCAGUAAUUACACCCAGACAAGUGAUUUCAGGCCUUGGUUCUCGACGGGUCAAGGCAGUUGCUGCUGCCAAACAUCACACUGUCGUUGCUACUGAAAGUGGAGAAGUCUUCACUUGGGGAUCCAAUAGAGAGGGCCAACUUGGCUAUGCUUCUGUAGACACCCAACCAACUCCCCGAAGGAUUAGUUCUCUCAAGGCAAAAAUAGUGGCUGUUGCUGCGGCAAAUAAGCACACUGCUGCUGUUUCUGAGGCUGGUGAAGUCUUCACAUGGGGCUGUAACAAGGAAGGUCAACUUGGUUAUGGUACCUCAAACUCUGGCUCCAAUAAUAUUCCAAGAUUGGUUGAAUAUUUGAAAGGCAAGUUCUUUACAGCAGUAAGCGCUGCAAAAUAUCAUACAGUGGUCUUGGGAGCAGAUGGAGAGGUAUUCACUUGGGGUCAUCGACUUGUAACUCCAAGACGUGUGAUCAUUGCCAGGAAUUUGAAGAAACAUGGGAAUGCUUUAAUGAAGUUUCACAGGAUGAAACGACUUCAUGUGAUUUCUGUUGCUGCAGGUAUGGUGCAUAGCAUGGCUUUAACUGAUGAUGGAACGCUAUUUUAUUGGGAUUCAUCUGAUCCUGACCUCAAAUGCCAGCAGUUAUAUUAUCUGAACGGAAGGAAAAUUGUCAGUAUCUCUGCUGGGAAGUACUGGCAUGCGGCAGUUACGUCUACUGGUGAGAUUUACAUGUGGGACGGGAAGAAAGGUAAGGAGAAGCCACCAGCAGUAACUAGGCUUCAUGGUGUAAAAAGGGCAACCACGGUUUCAGUGGGUGAAACACAUUUACUGAUUGUUGGUUCAACUUAUCAUCCUGCUUAUCCUGUCAAUGCUGUCAAGGACUGUGAAAAUCCAAGCCUUGCUGUCGACAAUGUAUUGGGAGACUUAGAUGAGGGAUUUAUGUACAAUGACAUGGAGUCUGACAGUGCUAAAUCUGGUUUGGAAAAGGAGGAUGUUGGUGAUAGGUUAGUGCCGAGUUUAAAGGGCCUUUGUGAGAAAGUGGCUGCACAGUGCUUGGUAGAACCACGUAAUGCUCUGCAAAUGUUGGAAAUUGCAGAUACAUUGGGGGCAGAUGACCUCCGGAACUACUGUGAGGAGAUUGUCAUCCGCAACCUUGACUAUAUAUUUAUGGUCUCUUUAAGUGCUUUUGUGACUGCUUCACCGGAUAUCUUAGUUCAUAUUGAGAAGCUGCUGGAUAGGAGAUCGUCUGAGCCAUGGAGUUACCGCCGACUUCCUACUCCAACAGCUACUUUUCCUGCUGUCAUAAACAGUGAUGAGGAAAAUAGUGAUAGUGAGUCUCCAAGGACCAGGGAUAACGUCACUAUGGCAGACACGGCAAAGAAAGUUGGCUAUCAUAGAUUUGGUAACUUUCUGCAUCCCUUAAAUGAUGGUGAUGAGGAAUCAUGCAAGCAAAUUAGAGUUUUGCGGAAAAAGUUACAACAGAUUGAGGUUCUUGAGGCGAAACAAUCGAAGGGGCAUGUUCUUGAUGACCAGCAGAUUGCGAAGCUGCAAUCGAGACCUGCGUUGGAGAGUUCACUUAUAGUGCUGGGUGUUCCUAUUGAGACAGUAACAGAAAAAUCAUCAGCUUUAGCUGUAGCAGAUGGUAAGGCCUGUAAGGUCGGGAUUUCAAAAAAACAGAGGAAAAAGAGCAAACGAAAGGAACGUCAGACGGAUGCUCACUCCGGUACCCAAUUGGAGUCAGGCCCUUUGAAGGGUGCUGUGGACCUCGAUGUCUCGAAGUUGAAUGAGGCAAAGGUUGCAGCUGAACCUGAAGAUACAAUUGCCAUAGGUUCCCCAAAUCUCUCUCCAAAGGAAGACUCUCCGAGUGUGGUGAAGAGUAAAGGUUCAUUGGCAGUGGCAACCAAGAAGAAGAGCAGGAAGGGAGGACUCUCUAUGUUUUUGACUGGUGCUCUUGAUGAACCUAGCAAAGAAGUUGUUAGUCCGCCGCCGCCUUCACCCAAAUGUGAAGGUCCAGUCUGGGGUGGAUCUAAGGUUUCAAAGAUGUCUGCCUCUCUCCGUGAGAUCCAAAAUGAGCAAAGCAAAUCGAUCAAUAAUUUGUCCGUUAGAAUCAAAGAUAAGCCGGAAGAGCUCCCUGAUACAAGUAAUGGAAAACUCUUGCUAGGUUCUUUUUUGGCUUCUAACCCAAUACCCGUGGUGCCAGCUCGCACAUCACAGCUACCGGAUGGAGAUAAAAGCACUCCUCCUUGGGCUGCUUCUGGAACCCCACCUCACCUUUCUCGGCCUUCUCUUAGGGACAUACAGAUGCAGCAGGGUAAAAAUCAGUAUCUUGCACAUAGCCCAAAAACAAGAACAACUGGAUUUGCAGUUUCUACUGGGCAGGGAUCACCCUCUGACUCUGGCACACCCAACCGUUGGUUUAAACCCGAGGUGGAUUCACCCUCUUCUAUCCGUUCCAUCCAGAUAGAAGAGAAGGCGAUGAAGGAUCUCAAGCGCUUUUACAGCACUGUUAGGAUUAUUAAGAACCAGAGUUAGUCCUUUGUAUAUUCAUUACUCAUUAGCAGGUCAGGAUUCUAUUGUGCACCUUUUCUUUCUGUUCUUUCUCAGAUUUGUACAGUUCCUUUGUAUAUUCACUUAGCUAGGUUUCCCACCUGGGUGCAAAAAAGAACUGAGGUUCUCUCAACUUGAUAGGGUAGCUUUACAAGUGGUCUUUUUCUUAGUUAAUUAGACUGUUGAAGAUUUUUAAAGCCUCUCAAAUAUCUUAUUUGAGGGUGGAAAAUUAGUUUAGAACCAAAUAAUCAGCAGCUUAAUAAAAGAACUGGCACAUAGGAGCUGCUGUCGUCUCACAAGUUGCAAGUGCUUAGGGUAGGUUGUGAAUUUAACAUGUAUGCUAUUUUGAUGCCUUCAUCUUUGUACCGCUAAUUGUAUAACCAUCAUGAUUGUGAACCAGUAGUGGUGUAUAUUUCCACCCAAAUGUUGUUUUGUCUCUCAUGUAGUUAUAUGUAGUGCUAGACCUAGUUAUUAGACGCGGCAAGUUGGGAAUGGCUAGGCCAAAGUCCAAAUGUACAAUUUAUAGAAUUAUGAAUUAUCAUCAUUUGUUUUUUUUGUC